ACUUACCGCCGGGCACAAUGUAGGAGUGGCAUCUAUCAUCGGCUUAAUUUUAACCACCAUUUUUUUUCCGCUCUGUGGGUAACUUUUUAACGGUUGUGGACUUAUAGCCGGUCACUGAACUCUGGUCCAGUGUGGCACCACGACCUGCUGGGGAUUGUCAGUAAGUUUAUUCAGAAUACAAUGGGCAAUACGUCAGGCUCUGGUACUACUACAGAAGGUAAUGGGAUCGAAAUCUGUGGUAAUACUCUUCCUCAAGAAGUUAUGUAUAAAAUCUUUCUUUAUGUACCAGUCAAGGAUCUGGUAACGUCAGUCACACGCGUCUGUCCGUACUGGCACAACUUGCUUACAGAACACCACUUCUGGUUCACAAAAGUGUUACGGGAAGGCUUCAGAUUACCUGCAGCUACUAAACAGAGGCUUCUGGAGGAAGCAGAUGAAGCUCAGGUUCUACGUAUUCUUCAAGGAAUAUCUGGUGGUUACUUGCCCCUCAACACUAAUCUCAUCUGCAAUCCAAGUGGAAGAGAAAAAUUGAACCACUGGAAAGUAAAACAUGGAGGAGAUGGUAUGAUAGUGGAGGAUCAUCCUGUUGGCACUGACCCAAUACCUGCAGAGGCUGGCCUACCUACUCAACAUUGCUUUGUCACAUCAUAUGGGAUCUGCUCAAGGUUACAGGUUAUUAACCUGGAGAGUAUUGGCUUUGAUCCCCAUGUUGUUGAUAUUUUGAAACCAGCCAUUCAUAUUUCAGAGUGGGUGAGUGCAAGAUGGGACUGCCAUUCCAGGAGUAACAUCGUUGUUAGUUUGGAAGGUUUGGAAAACAUACAGCAGGUUAAGCUGCACUGGUCCUCACAGGAGGAGAAUGUAAUUAAUAGUCAUUGGUACAAGAUGGAAACAACAUUGGUGGAUUAUCCAAAGGGACUAAAAAGAAUUACAUAUACCAACGUAGGAAAGGAUAGUGCAUUCUGGGCUGGUCACUAUGGAGCCAAGACUGCUGGUUCUACAGUUAAGUUUGUACUCUGAGGUCCUGUGUAAUCUGCUGGAUAAUUGUGCUGGGGAAGGCACUCAGCUAAUAAAUUAGGUGUAUAAAGUUAGAAGUGCAGCUUUACAAAUUAAAUAAUAAUGAUGGUAUUCAUGGGGAAGCUCUGAACCCCAUAGGUGCCAUAAAUGACCUGAGGAAUGGGAGGUAAUCAAUUUUUGUCCAAGGAAGGGGAGGGUAGCUCCAGUUUCUUGGAUCAUGAGCCCUUCACCAGCAUCAAGGCAGAUAACUAUCUCCCUUAAAGGUCAACAUAUUAAUGUUUUGGAUAUACUAUUUUAGUCAUUUAAACCAAAGAAGUUGGAAUCUACUGUGACCAGAAAUUUUACAAGUGAAAGUUUACCUUUUACCACAAACAUACACUCUAUGUAUGAAAGGUUUCCAGUAGUGGGUAUUGAAAUACAUGUUUUAAGCAAUGUUAAGACAUAAUGGUUUGUAUUUAGUUUAUGGAAAUAAAUAUCUUAAGCAGUGGCAAGUGAUAAAAUGAUCUGUUUACUUUUAGUGUGAAUUGUUAUUUGUAAUAUGUAACACAGGAUAUAAGGGCAAGGCUAAAGGAUAGUUCAGAAAAGUAAUGUUUCAGUUAAAUAGAAAUUGUGUAAAAGGGCUAUUUGUUUGAUGUCUUGCUUUGUAAUAUUUGAAAUGGCACUAUAACCUAUUGGUUAUUCAGUGCUCUUAACAGAAAUAUAUUCGAAAAAGUCAGAGUAAAACCUUGAUUUAACGAGCUUAGGAAAAUCGAGACAAAAUCUGUCAGAUCAUUUGAUUCGGAAACAUUGGACAAAGUGCAUUGGUUACAGAAUUGUCCGUUGUUAUGCAAUGCAAAACAAUCUCAUCAAUCUUCAUUACCAGCCACUUGCUUUUCCCUGUUAUCUGAUAAAUCGAGGGUUUACAAUACUACAUAAUCAAUUAAAAUAUGCAUUCAUAUAUUAUAUUUAAUUUGCUGCUAUCAUUAUCAUUUUGAGAAUGAUCACAACAAAUUUGUGGCGAUAGCACCAAAAUUUUUAGAAAUGUUGGUACUGUAUAUUUUAGCUGCUAAUAUGCUAACCUGUAUGGGCUAUUCAGCAUGCAGCAGGAAUGAGGAAUGGGAGGUAAUCAGGUUUGAUUCAAGGAAGGGAAAGAUAGGCCCAAUUCCUUUGAUCGAGACUUUCAGCUUCAAGGUACUUUUAUAUUUUGAAAGGUUGAUGGCUUAGUAAUAACUGUUAUUUUAGUGGUCACUAUAAAAGCAUGUAUUCUGUUAAUUCUGUUUCGGAUAGAAUUAUAUUUUUGUAAGAAAAUAUGUAUAUCUGGAGGGGGUUUUGGGGGUCAAUGCCCCCUCAGCCUGGUCUGUGACCAGGCCUCAUGGUGGAUAAGGGCCUGAUCAACCAGGCUGUUAUGUACUCUUAUAAUUAGGAUAACUGUUACAUCCAUUUGUUCACUAUCCAAAUUUGGGAUGCUAUUAUGUGAUUUCAUGAAGUAGUGUGUGUAUUACCAAUAUGUAUAUGAUGCCUUCAGUGGGGUAUUCAAAUAGUCAGCUAUUUUUUUGCCCUUGAAUGGGCACGCAGAAUUCACUUCUGACGCCUCUACUGCCAAACACACUUACUCUACCCGACCUGCUCGCUGAAAAUUCCACUUCUGAUGCAGAUUCCCUCUGAGUUUUUAACAGAAACUAACUUAUUGCACCAACUUUGAUUACAUUUUCCCUUUAGCUCUACCACUUGCACACUCCUACCUCACAUUUGUCUCUAACCUCUAAAUAUUCCUUCUUUAGCACAUCCCACCCUGCAGUGCUAUAUGACCCCUUCUGGUUUAGCACUUUGAUUGU